ACCUUUGUCUGGCGAGGUCCCGGGGUGUGCAAACUGGAAGCGGCCGGCAGACCUUGCUGAAGGCGGGGUGAGAGGCGAAAGUGCUUCGCUUCGUGAGCACGCGAGGAAACGUAUAAAUAAGUGUGUGUGUCGUGACAGACGUCGCAUAACCUCUCGCGUGCGCGAGUGGACGGCCAUAGAUCUCCCGCCGACAUGUAUCGCUCUGUGCUGACUUUGCCGCUCGUCGCCCUGUGCGCGCUGGCACAAGAGAAGCCGCCGCAGGCACCCCAGAGAGCCCAGGCAUCUCGGGGUCAAGCCGAGCCGGCGGCGGCGCAGAGACCAGCCCCUGCCGGACAAGCACAGCCACCGCCAGCGGUCGCAACGGCGAGCGGGCUCCCUCCGUACAGCUUCGGCUAUGGCGCGGGAUUCGGGGUGCCACUGGUGUUCGGGAGACCCUACUUCCCCGGACUGCCUGGCUUCAACCCUUACGAUGCCAUAGGCUUCAACACGCUUGGAGAUUUCUUCCAGCCGGUGCCAUUCCCGGUGCUCCAGCAGGGUGCAGAUCAGCCGGGAGGGUUGAUGAGCUCGCCAGCCACUGCGAGCAGCCCUCUCCAGCAGACACCUCCAACGCCGCUGGCCUCUAGUGCAAGCAGGCCCGUAGCGAAGGUGCCUCCGCUGAUUCCGUCUGUCUCCAGACUGUCGACGUCUAAGUCUGCGCCAGACUCACGACAGGAACCCUCUCCCCAGGGUGGUACCUCCACAGCCCCGACAUUGCCAUCGACACAAGGCCUCGCAGCAACUCAAGUGCCCCCGCUUCAGUUGGCGAACCUGCAGGCGUUCGCAGGUUUCGGCGGUCAGCCCCUGGGAGACAGCUUUGGCUCCGCGCCCGGACAAGGCUUCCCUGCAGUCGCUGGCAAUUUCUAUAGUGGAUACCUGCCUGCACAUGGAAUCUUCGGUCCUGGCUUCUGAGUAUGGCUGCUCAAGUCGGAGUUGUUGCUAAUUUUUUUUUUUUAAAUUUCAAUUAUAAUUCUAGUCCAUUUUAUAAAUUUUGUUACAUUUUUACUAUAAAGUGUUUGUGAUAUGGUAGUUAGAAAAACUGUAUUAUUGUACUAUUACUUGUUAAGAAAAAUUUCAAACCUUUCAUUACUUAUAUUUCACAUUUUAGUUUAUAUAAUUUAUAAACAUUUUAGGAGUUCAAAUUUUUUAAUUACCUAUGGACUCGUUUGUUUUGUAAUAUUUUUUUGUCAAAGUUUACUCUGGCUAUUGGGGUUAAGACAACAAUUGUUUGUUAUUACUGAUAUUUUGGCUCCCUAUUAAAAUUAAUUUUUACUCAGCGAUUGUAUUCUUAAUAAAAUAUUUUCAAAAAAAUGAUUGCAGAAUUAAUAUUAUUUUUAUAAGUCUGGAUUAAAAAGCAUAAUUAUUAUUCAAUCGCGGAUUUUAAAUUUACAUUAGUGGAUAAUGUUUAAAAGUAUACAGUUGUAAAAAAUGUUAUUGAUUUUUCUUGAUAUAAUUGACUAACUGGAUUGUAUUUGUAAUAUAUGACAUCCAAAUAUUUAUAGUCACUCUUUUUUUUUUCGUUAUGAAAUAUAAAGUCUUCCCAAAA